GCUGAGGCGGCGGCGCCUGCGCAGUGGGGGAAGGUGACGGUGCUGUUUCGAGGGUGGCUGCUUCUCCUCCUCAGGCCUGUCGCCAUGAGCUACGACCGGGCCAUCACCGUGUUCUCCCCGGAUGGGCACCUCUUCCAAGUCGAGUACGCGCAGGAGGCCGUGAAGAAAGGCUCCACCGCGGUUGGAGUGCGUGGAAAAGAUAUUGUUGUCCUUGGUGUGGAGAAGAAAUCUGUGGCAAAACUUCAGGAUGAAAGAACUGUCCGAAAGAUCUGUGCUCUUGAUGACAAUGUCUGCAUGGCUUUUGCAGGACUCACAGCAGAUGCCAGGAUAGUUAUAAAUAGAGCACGAGUGGAAUGUCAAAGCCAUAGACUUACAGUGGAGGAUCCUGUCACUGUGGAGUAUAUUACACGUUAUAUUGCUAGCCUGAAACAGCGGUACACCCAGAGUAAUGGACGCAGGCCUUUUGGUAUUUCUGCCCUUAUUGUGGGAUUUGACUUUGAUGGAACUCCAAGGCUUUAUCAGACUGAUCCUUCUGGUACAUACCAUGCCUGGAAGGCUAAUGCAAUUGGCAGAGGAGCAAAAUCAGUGCGUGAAUUUUUGGAAAAAAACUACACUGAUGAGGCCAUUGAAACAGAUGAUUUGACAAUUAAGCUUGUUAUCAAAGCUCUACUUGAAGUUGUGCAGUCUGGUGGUAAAAAUAUUGAGCUGGCAGUUAUGAGAAGAAACCAGCCUCUGAAGAUCCUGAGCCCUGAUGAAAUUGAGAAGUAUGUUGCUGAAAUUGAAAAGGAAAAGGAAGAAAAUGAGAAGAAGAAACAGAAGAAAACAACAACAUGAUGCAUACAAUGUAUUGUCUAGUCUGGAUUUUUAAAUCAGCCAUGAAUCUGUAUAGACAUAGAGGCAUUCCAUUUCCCUGUGCUGUUUCAAGAGGCCCUUUUUAAGAGGCCUGUAAUAAACCACCCAUUUUUUAAA